AUGGCGGCUACGUACAAUCGUGCUUCCUCUGCCACGCCGACCCAAAAUCGUGCCCUAAGCGAUCGGCGGCCGUCUUCUAGUGCUGGGGAUGGCUCUACAGAUGGGAGCUGGAACGAUGAUACCUCCGGAUCUCAGCGACGCGCCUUUCCUCGGUCUGUUGCAAGUACUACCAGUGCUCAGGUCUCCCUCGCCCCGUCCGGCCUUCGACCCGGGAGUUUCAGCUCCGAAUUAAGAGUUCCAAGCAUAUCACGAAGCACUACGCCGAAGCCGGACUCUGCAUACUAUAGUCGAAGCAAUGGCGCAAAUGACGAUAACGAGGCAACGACCUCUGAACAGCGGCAAGCUAUCAUUCGGAGCAAGCUAGAGAAGGAGCUGAAGAUCCGAAACGGGACGGAGAAUAUGCUAGAGGCACUCCUAACAAAAAAUUUAAAGCAGACCAAGGAGCAGAGACUUAGGGUAGAGUCUGAACUAAGUUCGUCAAAUCGAAAGAUCGCACAACUACAAUCAGAGCUCGAGGAGGAGCUACAGAGAGCGCACACUCCCGAAUUCUUAGACUUCAACCGCCCAUCGAGUCUAUUUGGUGUGCCGAUGGGCCGUUCCCCUUCGAGAGCAACGCAAACCACCGGCGACACUUUUGACGAUGACGAUGAUGAUUUCAGCGAAACAGAGUCGCCUACUUAUGUCCUUGCCGAGACUCUGCAAGAACUGGAGAUUGAAGGCAUGUCACCAGGCUAUUAUGUUGAGAGAGCGAAUAAUCUUGUGGAUCUCUUUAAACGCCAUCCAACCUUGAAGUAUGAUUUGAAGUGGUCCGUUUUCGGCUUGCGGGUUCAGGUGAUGCUAUUGAGCGAUAGCCGUCAAGUCGUGGCAGCCGGGUACAGACUAACUCGCUAUGCGAUCGCGGAUCGGCAGUCCAUCCGGAUCAUCAGGUCGUUUAAUACAGAUGCACUGGUAAUCUAUUCGCUGGUCAAGGAGUCCAAAGCAAGCAUGGAACGCGAACAAGCGCUUAAAUUCAUUCGGGCCUUUCUAGACGUGAAGGACGGGGUCUACGAGAUCUCGCGUGCUGUUGUCCGCACUCUAGUGUCUCUAGCAGAACACAAGGAAGAUCGCCUGAGGAACAUCUGUAUCAUGACCCUGGCAGAAAUUUUGGUUAAAGACCCUGGUUUGCUUUCGUCUUCUGGCGGAAUUGCGUCUGCGAAAGCAAUUUCUGUGAUGCUCAAGAGUUGGCCAGGAUUGUUGACGCUUGCUCAGAAUAAAUUCAAGCCUCUGCAGUCAUUGAUGGAAGCAUUAGAAUACCCUGAACCUCAAUCGCGGGGCUUGAUACUCGAACUCCUGUUUGAUGCUUUGCGGAUUAAGCCUCCUUCUUGGUCGUCAUCAUUCCUCGCUGGUCGCCGGCUGACGACAUAUGGCAGGGGUGGGAUCGCAAGUACCGGAGGCUCCGACCAAGACUCAAACCAGUUCCACACAUUCUACGAACCCGAAGAUGGCGUAUUCGACCUCACGGCGCAUUUCGCGUCCCUAGUCCUUGCGAUGUUCAUCGAGGCUGGCUUGAUCAAGUCCUUAACCGUUUUGGUUGAAGAAGAGGAAGAAAUAUCUCUAAAACGAAAGGGGAUUUUACUUCUAGCGGAGGUGUUAAAGCGUGCUUAUCGUUCCUUGCCACAGUCAAUAUGCGCCCAUCUUCAGGUCCUCCCUGAUAACGUACCGUCGCUAUUGAUUGAGAGAGAUGUUAAUAUCCAUCGAGUAUCUGCCUCGACUAUUUACCAGAUGGAAAGCAUCAAUCGCACCAUAACUCGAUCAACUUGGAUGAGAUCCGGGCCGGGGAAGUACAACCGAGAUGCGGAAAUGUCUUCUUCGUUUCUCAAUGCAGGACAGGGGAAGCCGAAAUUAAGCCCAACUAUGGAUGAAGCCCAGUUUCGAACCGCCAUCAUGGAUACCCAUGUAUUAAACUCCGUCAAUUUUAUGAAAUGGAAAUGGGAUCUUAUUCACAAUAUUAUCGAGGGACCGCUCACCAAUCCGAAACGUCUCGACGAAGCUAUCAAAGGAUCCAAGUUCAUGAAGCGUCUUGUAGGCUUCUAUCGACCAUUCAAGUACAGGUUCUCAAUGAUUCGGAACACCAAGCCAAAUCAACGAUACGUCCGCACCGGGUGUGCAUUGAUGCGGACUUUGAUCCAAACUCCUGAAGGGUCUAAAUAUUUGGCGGAAAAUAAGUUAUUAAGGCAAAUUGCCGAAUGCUUGGCCCAAGUAGACCGGACAAGCGGCCUGACUUCCUCCUCUCCGGUUUUCUCGCGUUCUCAGAUGACUGACACGCUAAGUUGGGGCUAUUUUGCCUUGCUAGGCACCUUGAGUAGCGAUCCAAAUGGACUUCAUAUGAUGGAAAGAUGGCACAUGCUCAAUAUGUUUUACCACAUAGUAGAGCUGAGGGACCGAAGUGAUCUUAUACAAGCAAUCCUCGCCAAUAUGGACUUUACCGUUGACAGCCAGCUUCAACUGAUGCUAGUCAAGGCUCUGACUAUUGGGACCAAAGAUAUCCGUACUUUUGCAACACGCGUUCUGCGCAAGUACGUGGUAGGCGGUGUUGCACUUACUCCUGCAGUGGAGUGGAUUAUCAGGCUUCUAGUUUCCCAACUCUAUGAUCCCGACGUUGCGGUAUGUCAGAUUGCCAUGAAGGUUCUUGAAGAAGCCUGUAAUCAGCGGGAUCUACUUGAAUAUGUGGUUCAAUGUCGCCCCUCGCUUGAUCAUCUGGGCGAGAUUGGGGCGUCGUUACUUCUCCGUUUCUUAUCAUCAUCUGUGGGCUACCACUAUCUCGAUGGGCUUGAUUUUGUCCAUCAGGAAAUGGACGAUUGGUUUCUUGGAAGGAACGAUGCCUACGUCGGCUUGGUUGAAGCGUCCUUAUGUCGAGCAUACAUUGACCAGCCUCGCCGAAAUAGCUCGGUGAUCGAGGAUCUCGUGGAUGUGCAUGACAGUGGCAGGGCGCCGCCACAUUUUUACCGGGAACUUGCUCGUACGAAGGAAGGUUGCAGGCUGUUAGCAGAUUCCGGUCAAUUCGAAGAAUUCGUCUCUACAAUUCAAGAUUACGAUCUUCAGGAGGAGGAUCCCGAAGUGUUACAGAGGGUCAAAGGAGCCCUAUGGGCUGUUGGGCAUCUCGGCUCGAUGGAACUCAGUGCCCAGUUUUUCGAAGGAAGUCCAGUUUUUGGCCUCAUCGUCCAAAUUGCGGAAAGAGCAGCUAUGCUAACUAUGAGAGGCACUGCUUUUUUUGUUCUUGGACUCAUCUCGGCUAGUAGACACGGCCUUGAGAUGCUGGUUGAAGCUGGCUGGGAUGCUCCAGUGGAUUAUAAGGGGCAAUCGUUGGGAUCUUGUAUGCCGGUUAACUUGGAGAGAAUAUACAAGAUUCCUUUCAACUCUGUUGGGCCAAAAGCCGAAACGAACGGGGUGUCUGAUGAACGAUAUAGAUCCGCUGUGACUGAUUCUGACCCUAUCAACCAGAAAAUCUUGAAUUUGCUAGCAGAUAUGGGAAAUACAGUUCUUACGAAAAGGGCGGCCGCCGAUCUACAACGGAUCAAAUUAAAACACCCAGACAACUUUCGGCAAACACAACUCUUCCGCAACACCCUGAUCAUUCUAGAAAGCCAUCAUUUCCGACUUCCCGCCCGUCGCUUUGCGUUGGAUCUUUUCGACAAAAGUGUGAUGAGGCGAAUAGUCCUUGAUGAUGAUUCAGAGUUCGACUCAGAGUCGCUUGCUUCUGAUUAG